AUGGUCAGAAAAUUGAAGCAUCACGAGCAGAAGCUCCUCAAGAAGGUCGACUUCACCACUUACAAGAGCGACAAUAACCACCGAGAAGCCGCUGUACUUCGAAGGUACAACAUUCAAAAGCCGGCAGAUUAUCAGAAGUAUUCUAGGAUAUGCGGGAACCUCAAACAAUUGGCCCACCGCCUUGCCGCUCUCCCUCCCGAUUCAGCGUUCAGACACAAGCACGAGACUCUCCUCCUUGCCAAACUCAAUGAUAUUGGACUUCUGCCCUCGACCGCAUCUUCUGCAAAGCUCUCAGAAGUUGAGCGCCAUGUUUCUGUAUCAGCAUUCUGUAGAAGGAGAUUACCGGUCGUGAUGACGAGACUGCGAAUGGCGGAAACGGUACAAGCUGCGACCAAGAUGAUAGAGCAGGGACAUGUGAGAGUUGGUACAGAGACGAUUACGGACACAGCAUUUCUGGUGACAAGAAGUAUGGAAGAUUUCGUCACUUGGGUGGAUGGUAGUAAGAUCAAGAGGAACAUUCUCAAGUAUAGAGAGAAGUUGGACGACUUCGAUUUGCUUUGA